UGCAAUUCUCCAAGAAAGCACAUAGACGUCGUAAGACUCGCAACUGCCAAACCGCCUUAUUCUUCAGUUCAACCUUUCAUAUCAAACACCGUCGCCUCUUCCGCCAUCCGCCACCCCCACCUACGGCCCACCUCCACCAGCUAUCCGUAUUUCCUGCCCUGCGGCCAACCUGAAAUUAAACUAUAAAAUCGUGUCCGUUCAAAACCUUUAUCGCUCUUAACUGUGCCCCAUUCUUCGCCGCUGCUUGCUUGAUUCUCUCUUCUAGGGAUCCGAUAGCCGUUUCGCCUUCUCUUCAUUGCAGCGACUGUUUCUCUCAGCUCGAAGCCAGUAGCUUCAGCUCACGUUCAGCUGCCGUAUUGACAUCUGGUGUCUAAGUGUCUGAAGGCUGUAGUUUAGCCAUGAUUUACACAGCCAUUGACACGUUUUACCUAUCAGAUGAGGAGUUAGAGAAUUCCCCUUCUAGGAAGGAUGGGAUUGACAGUGCUACAGAAACUACAUUAAGAAUCUACGGAUGCGAUUUGAUCCAGGAGAGCGGAAUUCUCCUUAGAUUGUAUCCUUUUCUUCACAAUUUUUCUGUUUUUCUUUUUUGGUGCGUUGUUUAUGUACUUUUCUUAAGGUAAAAUAUUAAAAGAAGACAGCAUGGGAGCAUCCUUAUAUGUUGUUGCAGCCUCGCAACAUAAUUAUAGCCAUGCAGGAUACUGAAAUCUCAUACUACAAUAGCUCCUUGGUCAAUGAGAAAUUGUUUUCCUUCACAGAAUAUCUCUUAGACCUCAAGCUGUCAUGGCCACUGGACAAGUCUUAUUUCAUCGAUUUUAUUGCAAAAAAUCAUUUGCUCGUUUUAAUGUGAAGAGAGUUGCUGCAAGCUGUGUCUGGCUUGCGUCAAAGCUUGAAGAAAGUCCUAGAAAGGCUAGACAAGUUAUUCUUGUUUUCCAUCGUAUGGAAUGUAGAAGGGAAAACCUACCAAUUGAACAUCUGGAUACCUCUGUGAAGAAAUAUGUCGAUUUGAAGUCUGAUUUGGUCAGAACAGAGAGACACCUACUAAAAGAAAUGGGCUUCAUCUGCCAUGUGGAGCACCCGCAUAAAUUCAUAUCUAAUUACCUGGCAACACUUGAAACACCAGCUGAACUAAGACAGGAAGCAUGGAAUCUUGCAAAUGACAGCUUGCGUACUACUUUGUGUGUGAGAUUUAAAAGUGAGGUGGUAGCUUGCGGAGUUGUGUAUGCAGCGGCUCGUCGAUUUCAAGUACCCUUUCCUGAGAAUCCUCCUUGGUGGAAGGUAUUUGAUGCUGACAAGUCUGGGAUUGAUGAAGUUUGUAGAGUACUUGCCCAGCUGUAUAGUCUUCCUAAGGCGCAGUACAUUCCUGUGUGCAAAGAAGGAGGUUCAUUUGCUACAUCCAACAAAUCAUUGGAUACAUUGGCUCAGGCGCCAAAGGAAGGAUCUUUGACUAUCCCUCCGACAGAUGAAAAUAGUAAAAGUCCAAAGGCUCCAUCUACUGGAGGGACCCAAGAAUCAGGAAAAGAUGUGCCUUUACAAGAUGCUGUAGAGAAAUUGAAGGACUCCAAGAAACUUAACGACUCUGGAAGUGUGGCUCCUUUGAGUGAAUCAAGAGAUGAACCUCAUUCAAAAUCAGUACCUGAAUACAGAGCCAAGGCAGGCAAUGGAAGAGACGAAGAUAGGGAAAGGGAAAGGAGAAAAGAAAGGGAAAGGGCAAGGGCUCGGAGCAAGGACAGGGUGCCAUCUCGGAAUCGUGAAAGAGGAAGGGAUUCUGAUCGGGAUUUGGAAAGAGAUGAGAUCGACAGAAACAGGGAAAGCAAUGAUAGGGGUCAUCGUUCGAGGAGUAAAGGACAUGGUGAGAGAUCAAAGCAUCAUACUUCUCGAGAUCGUGAGUAUUACAGUCAUUCAACAAAGGAGACAGAUCGGCGUCGGCUUCGUUCAUAGGCGUAGAGCAACCUGUGCCGGCGGUGAAGAGGCUCUGGCUGCAUUAGGAGCUCGUUGCCCUUUUGUGAUACGUGGAGUUGAGACUCCAUGAAUUUGGUAGGAAUGGAAGUAGGAACCCCUAGAGUUGUAACAACUCUUUCAGCGGACAAUGUAUCCGUAAUAUGAUGAGGAAGGGGAGUAUCUUGGAAUUGGCAAUUCCACGUAAAAAAUGAUGAUAAUUCGUCAAGUGCGUGAUUAACUGUGCAGUAUAACUAAUGAGAGGUGACCCGAUAGCCAUUGAUAAAUGUUUGAAACCCAUAAGACACGACUGUUUAUUGUAGUUACAAAUAGCUUGAUAUUUUCUAAGUUUACAUAGUUUAAUCAAGAUUCUAUCGACUGUACCCUGUUCAAAGUAUACCAUACAAAUGGAAAUCAAAGUUGGGAUUGCUAUCUUCUGGGCUGGAUCCUGCAAGGCAAAGUAUAUGUCAUGGAACAAGUGGAGUUACGAUUAAGUGGUGUUAAUUGUUUGCAUAUUAGAAGAGAGUGCAGAUAUGGUGCAUGUUUACUCAAUCGUACGGAGUAUUAUAUUUGUGAAAUGAAAUUGAUUCGUUUGUGUUACGUUUACUAUAAAUGAAUGUUUGUAUAUAUAGUCACAAAAUUUUUGGGGAAUCAUUUAGAGGCUGUUUGUAUAUUAAAGACCAGAGGGAGUAUUUCGCAAUCAUCAAUUUUAAUAAUCAACGUAAUAA